AUGACAUUGUUUGAUCCCCUCAGUAGGUCAUCGGAAGAUGGUGAUUGUGCACGAUUGAAAUUGAUCAGUAAUCUUUGUAAUUAUUCUCAUCAUUUGGAUGAAUUCUAUUCCAAGUUACAAAGUAAAAUGAGAAAUGAUCGAAAAAGAGUUCAUGGCUUUCCGAUGCAUCAUGAAAUGAUCUUCACCUUUUCUCCUGAUACAUCGGAUCCUAACAUUUACAUAAGAAAUGAUAACACAAACGUUAGUGAUCCCACUGAUAUUCAAAUAUCGUACAGGUUGAAUUUGAUUUUAGUCAGUGAUUAUGAAGGAAGUAAAAUUGAAGUAUUUGAUUUGGAAACGAAAAAGCACAAGAAUAGUAUAUUUCCAUUGCCACAAGAAAAGCCUCGCCAUUUUUGCAUUGAAGAGAAUUAUGAUGGACAAAAUAAUGAGGCAAUCAUUUUGUGUUGUAAAGACGAUAUUCUCAAAUAUGAUUUGAAACAAUUUCUUACAAUUGGCAAACAAGAAGUUGGAAAAAUUUGGGCAAGUUCUAAAUGUGACUGGGCUCAAGGACUUGCCAUCUCAUACUCAACACGACAAUUAUAUGUUUGUGAUCAUGGACAAAGUAAUAUUGUGAUUCUAAAUUUAAUAUCUGGAGAGUUCGUUUAUCAAUUCCCAGUGAACGAAGCUUUUGGCUUGGCCUUGACUAAUGAUGAACAAUAUUUGGUGGUAACUCAAGUAAAUUCAUGCAACACUGUGCAAAUUUUCAAAAAAGAGUCCUUCAAUGCAGUGAAUGGUGAAACAGAAUGGAAAUCCAUCAAAACAUUGGGAAUAGUACAAAACGAGCAUGGUUCAAAAUUUCACAAUCCUUGUGCUGUGAUUUUUGAUCGAUUUUCUCGUAAUCUAUUAGUUUGCGAUAAUGGAAAUCGUCGAAUUCAGGUUUUUUCAUUCAAUACUUUUGAACCGGUUGGUGUUUUUGGGGAUGUUGAUAACCAAUUUUUUCGAUAUUUUCCCUACUCUCUGUGUUUAAACGAAUUGACUGGAGAAUUAUUGGUUUGUCAAUGCGAAGAGUGCUUUUAA